AUGGGAGCUAGGGUCUCCAGAUCCGAUUUUGAAUGGGUGUAUACAGAGGAACCCCACGCAACAAGGAGGAAGCAAAUGCUCGCAAAAUACCCAGAACUGAAAAAGCUUAUGGGAACUGAUGCAAAGUUCAAGUACAUUGUGACUGUUUUAGUAAUUUUGCAGCUGUUAAUCUGUUAUGCCAUAAAAGACCAGACCUGGCCCACAAUCUUCAUCUUUGCAUAUGUGUGUGGAGGGACAAUCAAUCACUCUCUCACACUAGCAGUCCAUGAAAUUGCUCAUAACUUAGCAUUUGGUUACAGCCAGCCCCUGGCAAACAGACUGUUUGGCUUCUUUGCGAACUUGCCGAUAGCUGUACCAAUGUCCAUUUCCUUCAAGAAAUAUCAUCUGGACCAUCACCGAUAUCAAGGGGAUUCUGAGAAGGAUGUCGACAUUCCAUCUGGACUGGAGACAAAGCUGUUCAAUCGUACUUUUUAUAAAUUCAUCUGGGUGCUCCUGCAACCAUGGUUUUACAGUCUCCGGCCUUUCUUUGUUAAUCCAAAAACGAUGACCGUUUUGGAGAUCUGGAAUAUUAUUAUUCAGUUUGUCUUCGAUUUUGGCAUUUAUCACUUUCUGGGAUUCAAAGCUCUAGCCUAUCUAGUAAUUGGUAGUUUCAUGGCUACAGGACUUCACCCAAUGGCUGGACAUUUUAUUUCUGAACAUUAUAUGUAUGUCAAAGGUUAUGAGACCUACUCCUACUAUGGCCCACUUAAUUGGUUAACGUGGAAUGUGGGAUAUCACAAUGAGCAUCACGAUUUCCCGAAUAUCCCAGGUUCUCGGUUGCCAGAGGUACGAAAAAUUGCCCCUGAGUACUAUAAAUGUUUGCCAUCUCAUCAUUCAUGGAUUAAAGUUAUCUGGGACUUCAUAUUUGAUCCAGAAAUAGGACCGUACUCACGAGUUAAACGCAUAACAGGAAACAAGAAAGAAAACUAA